CCGGUAAUUAUCCCCCCUUUGUGUUGUCUUGGAUUUGAAGUUAAAGAUUGGUUAGAAUGAUUGGUUUUUGAAUUCUCAACGCUGCAAAUAUGAUAAGUUUCUUUUCAGUAUCAAGUUUGAUAUAAGUUUAAUGUUUUUUGUUUGUUGCCUUUCAUUUCUCUGGUAAAUGUUGAACUUAAUGAAGAUUUGAGAAAAAUAACAAAGCGUAAUGAUGUUAUUCUGGAUUUUUUUUGUUCAGUGGUCUAUAAAGAGUUGUUACGAUUUGUUCUCACAAAUAUAAAUUGACGGCUGUGGUCCAAUCAUUGUCGUUCCCAUAAAACUUAAUGAAAUCAUGGCACUAAUUUUCCCGUUCGUAUUUACUGCAUAUACGGAAGACUUGGAAUACGAUGGGUUUUCUUCUUUCACUCUUCAAUUCUAAUUUACUAAUGAAUAAAUCCGGCUUUUCUUCUUUCACUCUUCAAGUGAAUAAAUCUCCAGUUAGGUUCCACAUACUUUAUAGAACAAUAGAAGAACUUGACGAACAUGUAAUAGUAGUAGGCGAAGACAACCCAUUAAGUUCCAGGAUCUAUCCAAAUGCAGGUAGUAGUAGGUGAAGAUCAAAAGAAGAUUGGCAGAAAUGAACUAUUCUUUGAUCUCUCCCUGGGUCUGAAAUGGAUAGGUUCUUGGAGAGAUUGUCAUUGAUAUUUCUUCGCAGGUUAAUGCUUGGUAGGAUCGCAUUCCAAAAAUUUAAUGUUGGAGCAGAUUUGGGAAGGGAGCGUAUGCUAGCUUCAAAUACUGAUUCCCAUUAGAAUAUUUUCUUAAAUACUGUUUGGGAGAAAGGUGAAGUACUUCAACUGAAUGACAAGGCCGCUUAAAAGGAAACUGAUUAGCUGUAGCGUGGCUGAGAUAGUGACUCCACCCAUAUUUGAUUAUGGCGUUCACAAAACUUCGACGAAGGACAAUUGACAUUACAAGAUGGAAGUGUAGUUGGCAAUGGGGUAACUUGGACUCGGUGGUCAGAUUCUCCGAGGAGGGUACCUCUCCUCCUUCAACAUUCCCAUCGACUCUAAGUGUUAUAGUUAUGACAAUACUAAAUAUAGAGAACAUGUACAUUUGGGUAGCACACUAUGAGUGCGGGGAUCAGACACAAUGGUGAUACAUGGUGUUAGACUCGGGCAUGCUAGAAAAUUCAAAUACUGGGAAAUAGUCUACUUUCCCAAAGGAGGUCAGAGCAGACCAUAAAGGUAUCUCUGGAUGAGUUGAUUAUGCUGCCACAUUUGAGAUGACACUAGAUGACAACAUAGAUGGAGAUUACCAGCUCCGCAAUGGAUAUGGACCUCAAAGGCAAAAGAAGUUUUCCCUAAGAAGAUCCGCGGUCGUCGUGGUAGGAAAGAAGUUGGUUGAUGCUGUUGAUGAGGAUUCUCUUCUUUUGCCUCUUUCCAGGAUCCCUAAUACAAACCCUCAGGUCCUACCUGUUACCAACCCUCAGGCUGUCUCUGUUCUGACUAGGAGGCAGGUGCUUUGUGCUCAAUUGACUGGUGGCUGGGAUGGUGUGAAAGGUGGCUGGGCUACAGCUCGUAACUGGAUUCGCCCUCGUUUAGUCAAGGCUUGGACUGCGCUUAAGGAGUUUGUACGUGAAGUGGUUUGGCAUACAUCAGUAGUCACUUGCUCCAAAUACCUGGUUAAACUGUGUAGCAGUCUUCGAAAUGAUCAGGCGUUCUUUCUGGUACUGAAGAGACAUAUCCUAAUCGUACAAAAUAUGGUCCUUAAUGUUUAUCCAUCAGUAUUUUAGCUGUUUCUUAUCCAUACUGUUGUUUUUAUAUUUCCUUCAAACAAACAGUUGUUCGUUCUUGGUUCAACUGUUUGAGUUUUUGUAGAGAGAGACCUAUGGGUUCUGACUGGUGACUUUGUUUAAAUAUAAUAUGGAUGGUUUACGGUA